AUGUCAGAUGAGGAUUUCACGGCAGCCACGCUCUUCAUGCUGACGUCAUUCGCGCUGAAGCUGGGGCGCUCCAGCCCUGGCAACGAUGAGGAGAUGCAGAGCCUCGCCUCGAGCGCGGCCGCGCAGUCAGAUGGGGAGGUGCCGUCGAGCCCCGUGGAAAGCACGCGGAUUCCAGUGGAGACAUGGCUCCGAACCAACGAGACCGAUGAAAGAAGCGGAGAUUCGGCAACUGCUGGCUCGGGCUCUGAUGCCUUCUCCGAAGGCAUUGGGCGGGCCAGUGCUGCGCGAGAUGCGGUCUAG